GCGCCGGCCGCAUGAGAUGAUCCCCUCCGUCAUCCGUCGACCAUCACCUUGAAACAUUGACUCCUAGUGAGGCUCUGCGUGUGACCAACGCCACGGGGGACUCGACGGUUUCCAUGUACGGUGGGCAAUUGGCCUACUUGCCCUCUGUUUUUGGAGCCUCGUCAUUUUUUUUUUUCUCAAAUUUCAUUCAGAAAACAAGUCAACUGGUGGCUACGCUCCGUGGUAUUGCUCGAGUCUGGACAGUCCUGCCGAGCCUCGAGUGCUCAUUUGGCCGUGUGCCAAAGAUAACUGGCGUCAAGCAUGAACUACAAUGGCCAAGAUCAAUGGCCCGCCGGAUGGGUGCCUACGUCCUCAGGCUGGUCUAACACCCCAGAUGAACAUCACACUGGCCAACAGGUCGACGGGGUGGAAGAUCUUAUAGAUGGAUUUGGCGCAACAAGCAUCGGACACCAACAAGUCUAUGACCAGAAUUCAGCAUAUCACAUCCAGACAUACCAAAUUCCUGCAUAUCGAUAUCCUCAGCAACAACCGUAUCCCAACACAGUUUACCAGCCCCAACCCUUUCCGAACCAACAAUAUCAGGCCACGCUAUUUCCAAGCCCAGGCUACCUAACCUCCACAUAUUCGAAUCCCGCAUUGCAUGAACAGUUUCUCAGUCAGGCGGGCUUUAGUCAGACCUACAGUACGGGACAUUACACACAUAGAUCACAACCGGGCUACAGUGGAGAUCAACUCCAAAGCCAUGCAGGACCAGCUUCUCAAGAUCGCACACCGCCUUUCAGUGACAAGGGAAAGCCUUCAGAACCAGGAGCGAGAUACAAGAAUAGAGGCCCUGGUGAUGGGAACAGAGACAGGGGUAACGGGAAAGGCAAAACGAACAACCGAGGUUAUUCAUCGAAGUUGGGAAAGAUCUCGGCCGAACCGGACGAUGACGAACCGUUUUUCGAAACGGAGGACGAUUUACAAACGCAGACCAACGGAGGUUCUCAGACCAGCAGUCGUUGGAACGGAGAUGGCGGCCAACAGCCUGAAUGUCAGGUUACGUCGCCCUCAGCAGAGAGUGCCGAAAGCAGUAAUGGGCUCAAAUUUGGAAAUGGUUUCAAUGCUGGCGUUUUUUUUCCGGACCCUUCAUCAGCUACAGCAUACGAAGAUCCGAACAGUCAGCAGACCAUGCUGCCAAUGAACCUUGCACUAAGGGCUGGGUAUCUACUACCUCUAGGCCUUCCUUCCGGUGCUAUCGAUUACAGCGUGUCGACGAACAGAUCAAUAUCUGGUCCGCUUGACCAACGCUACAAAGUCCACCCUUCCUCAAAAUUCAACCCAGGGUCGGUAUUCAAGAUUUUGUGGCCAGAGCCCGCUGGUGUCAAUCUCAACGAGCUUUCAUGUGAAAUAGAGAGGGAUCUUACACAGGACCCAACCCACCUGUUCUACUCGUCCAUCCGGCGUUACAUCGUCGUCGGAAACGACGAAGGCAACUGUACCUGUGUAGGAUGCAGCAAAACGGGCGUAAAGCCAAGGCAACAUGGCAUCGCCUACCAUGUCGGAAACCAGCCCCAGAGUCUGGAAGGAGAACCCCAGCUGGGGUUCGAGCCAAUACAGAUUGAAAUGCUGGAUUCGCCCCACGAGACUCUGGCGAUGGAGUCCCGAGUCAACUACUCGAAGCUUAUGACGAUCGAGCACAACUACAAGGUUUUCUUUAUCGGCCGAGUCACCCCGGAAGACUUCAAGGACAUAGUCAUACCGGCGGUCGACACUUGCUGGAACGCAAAAAACCGAGGCAUGACUAGCGAUCAUAACAGACAUAUAUCGAGAAGCUCGGUCGAGAGAUAGCGUGCUAUUGUCUAGGUUCUCGAUACCAGGCUGGAGUGUUACGGAAUGCCUGGUACUUUGCAAGAGUACAGUGUAAGACUCACUUAGUUGCGUAAGGAGAACUCGAGAAGAUCCAUUUUUGGAUACCUAGAACCUGUCUGAGGACCGGCAGGAUGGUAACCCAUUAUCUACGUUGUCUCUGGUUUCAAAUUUUCUUUUAAUUUGCCCAUGGAUAGCUGGCUCAUCUCGAUAGUUUUGGUUUUUUUUUUUACGUUCAUUUGUUACUGUUUUCUUCCGCGCGCUCUGCUUAACCAGAUUGUACUUCUCUGAAAGCGCGCCAAGACCGACACACGCAGCGGACUGAA